UCUCUUUCGUUAGUUUUACAUGCGCGACUAAAUUGUCUUUCUUUUUAAACCAGCACGUGUAGACGCGGACGGCUUGCUAUCAUCGCAUAAAAGUAUUUAGGUAAAAACCAGUAACUUUGUUUCAUUGUUAUGUUUAAUCGUUGUCAUUUUUAACUAAAUACUGAAUUAUUCGAUUCACUUUAUCAAAUUUGAAGUGCGUUUCGUGAGAUAAGUGUAUUCAUUGAAAAUGCAUUGCAUUGCAAUGGAUUUCAGUGCAUCGAUUAGUUAGGUUUCAGUGUGUCAAUCGAUACCUCUAUGUGCAGUGUUAUUUUGCUUAUAGCUUAGUUAGUCAAAAAUGCCGUCGGACGCGAAGAAGAGGGCGCAACAAAAGAAAAAAGAACAGGCGAGCAAUAGAAAUAAAAAACCUGUGCCUAGGGUAACAAAUGAAGAGAAUGGAUCCGCGACCAACGGUGCCAGCAAAGAGGAGAGAGAACUUACAGCUGAAGAGGCAUUAUGUCUGAAAUUGGAAGCUGAGGCCAAGAUGAAUUCGGAGGCGAGAUCUUGUACUGGCUCUUUGGCUGUACACCCUCGUUCCAGAGAUAUUAAAAUAGCAAACUUCUCUAUCACCUUCUAUGGUAGUGAACUGCUGCAGGAUACUCUGCUCGAACUCAAUUGCGGCCGAAGAUAUGGUCUCGUUGGACUUAAUGGAUGUGGUAAAUCGUCAUUGCUGUCAGUGCUGGGUCGACGUGAGGUACCGAUACCUGAUCAUAUCGAUAUCUUUCAUUUGACUCGUGAAAUGCCCGCCUCUGAUAAGACGGCGUUGCAGUGCGUUAUGGAAGUAGACGAGGAGAGGGUGAAACUGGAGAGGUUGGCUGAAGAGCUCGCGCACUGCGAGGACGAUGAGUCUCAAGAGCAACUCAUGGACGUAUACGAUCGCUUGGACGAUCUCAGUGCGGACACCGCAGAGGCUCGUGCUGCUCACAUACUGCACGGUCUCGGGUUCUCAAAGGAGAUGCAGCAGAAAGCUACUAAGGACUUCUCUGGAGGUUGGCGUAUGCGUAUUGCGCUAGCUCGCGCGUUAUACGUAAAGCCGCAUCUGCUGCUGUUGGACGAGCCGACCAACCAUCUCGAUCUGGACGCCUGUGUGUGGCUGGAAGAAGAGUUGAAACAUUAUAAACGGAUCUUGGUGCUGAUCUCCCACUCUCAAGACUUUUUGAAUGGGGUGUGCACAAAUAUUAUCCACAUGAGCAAGAGACGGCUCAAAUACUACACCGGCAACUAUGAAGCGUUUGUCAGAACUCGUAUGGAGCAGUUGGAGAACCAGAUGAAGCAGUACAACUGGGAGCAGGAUCAGAUCGCACACAUGAAGAACUAUAUAGCACGUUUCGGACACGGCUCGGCCAAGUUGGCUCGUCAAGCGCAAUCUAAAGAGAAGACUCUGGCCAAGAUGGUGUCUCAAGGUCUCACCGAGAAGGUCAUUGAUGAUAAAAUACUCAACUUCUAUUUCCCUUCAUGCGGGAAGGUGCCACCGCCUGUCAUCAUGGUGCAGAACGUAUCGUUUCGUUACACAGACAACGGCCCUUGGAUCUACAAGAACUUAGAAUUUGGUAUCGAUUUGGACACGCGGCUCGCUCUCGUCGGACCCAAUGGUGCCGGGAAGUCUACGUUACUCAAACUUCUCUAUGGGGAUUUGGUGCCGUCAACUGGCAUGAUCAGGAAGAAUUCUCACUUGCGUAUCGGACGUUACCAUCAGCACCUUCACGAGUUGUUGGACCUGGAUCUGUCUCCUCUAGACUAUAUGAUGAAACAGUUCCCGGAGGUGCGCGAACGUGAGGAAAUGCGCAAGAUAAUCGGCCGCUACGGUCUGACUGGAAGGCAACAAGUUUGCCCAAUGCGUCAACUGUCAGAUGGUCAACGAUGCAGAGUAGUGUUCGCUUGGCUCGCGUGGCAAACACCCCAUCUUCUGCUUCUGGACGAACCUACCAAUCAUCUGGACAUGGAAACCAUUGACGCUCUGGCUGAUGCCAUCAAUGAUUUCGAUGGUGGCAUGGUGCUUGUUAGCCACGACUUCAGACUUAUCAACCAGGUAGCUGAAGAGAUCUGGAUAUGCGAGAACGGCACCGUCACGAAAUGGGAGGGCGGCAUAUUGAAAUACAAGGAUCAUCUGAAAUCUAAGAUCUUAAAGGAGAACGCUGAUAACGCCGCGAAGAUUCGCAAAUAGUUAGACGCUACUCGACCCUUCAGCGUGACAUUCAGUGCUGUCGGGCCGACUAUCUCUAUUACACCGCACAUUGGCACUUACGACGUGGGCUUAAGGCUCUAUUUUGAAUGUAACCAACGUUUCGCCUCGAAUGCGUAUUUGUGCCAAUUGGAUAAAAACAAUUGAAUUUUUUUUUGUGUCCGCAUUACCGAUCAUGUUAGUAGAUAAAAAUGAUAAAUUCGAAAUACGUUUCUAUAAUCUGUGCUGUUUACAAAUGUUCGUGAAUAUCGAUGUGUUAUGUCAAAUGUAUGACGGGUAGAUCUUAAAAGUUUGAGCUCUUUGGUCAGAUUACACGCAUGGAAAAACCUUGCGAUUUAUGUGUAAGAAGAAAAUUAUAUCAAUAAACAUUCAGUAGUAUUACUUAACUACCUGCUUAUCCUGUGCAAGAGAUUAGGUGUGCGUAUACAGUGUACCUACCCUAAGGCUCCCGUUCUUAUAGUGAUCGAUUAUGAUAUAAAUAUAAAUGAAUUUAAAACAUUACAUAGAAAUACUAGUCGACACUUACGUUGAGAUGAUAUUUCUAAAAUAGUUUUGGAUCGGUAUCUUGCUUUUGAAGAUCUACCCGACAUCGAUUUAUUAACGUUCGAUUAAAUUGAUGUCCUGAUUCGUGUACAUAUAUAUGUUUAUGUGUAAUACAUGUGUGUAGUUCGUGGUUUCACUAACUGGCCUAAUAUGUAAUAUUGAUUAGGAAAGGUUUACAAUGUCAACUUCAUAGGGGUCAUUGAACUAUUAAUAUAUAAGAACGGGGUGAGUUGCAACGUCUAUUUUAUUGACACACGUGCCGUAAGGUGAUGU